CUGUGCCGCUACUCCGCUCCGUCGCCGCUGGCCGCCGCCGGAGACGUCGACGACGACGACGACGACGACGACGACGUCGACGCACGGGCGUAACGUGGUGUGUUAUCGAAGCCAUUCAUCGCUCGCUCUCGAAAUCGCCAGACGCGGGCCGUCGCGGGAUCGCGACAGGCCUUCUCCUUCCCUGGCUCCCUGUGUGUGUGUCUGGUUCGCCGCAUUCGCGAGAAUCGCGAGAUCGCCUCGUUACGGUUCCGUGCACCUCGACGCCGUUUGGAGUACCACCUUGUCCGGAGGGCGGGAGUGAGACGGAGAGAGAAAGGAGGCGAAAGAGAGGCAGUGACAGAGGGAGAAAGAAGCGCCCUGGCCGUUCGCGAAGGAUCGUCCUACACGACGUUCCCUACUGUCACUUUCGUGCCGAGACCGAUACGGAUCGCGCACGACGGCGCGGGCGUCCCGACCGAUGCCCCGUCGACGGAUUUAGCCCGGUAGCAGUGCGACCGUGCUGUGCGUUCGUUGUUGUAGUAGUGCAUCAUGUGAUUACUUCCACAUCUCUGUAAUCUCUUCGCCACGGUGACGGGUACUAGCCAGCGUGAAGGAUGCAGGAACUGGCAUUCCAGCGCCGAAAAGGGAUCCUUGCCCCGUUAUCGGUGUUAGUGCUGCUGAUACUACCAUUGGUCGAUUUACCCUCUGUAAACGGAUCUUGCGAGUUUCCAUCGAGUUGGUCAGGAGAAUGGUUUCAGUAUGGCAAGCCUCAAUCAGUCAUUAUAAACACAACCAGUCUCGGGGAACGGACAUGUCUCGAAAAAACGGAUGACAAAUAUAUCGUUUUCGGUGACAAUUGUUAUCACUGUAUGAUCAUCAACGGACGCCAUGAGAACGUUAUUCAAUAUCGCGAAACAGGCUGGUGCAACUCGGAGCGAUUGCGUUUGGAAAACAUGUGCUCGGAAAUUACUUCGGACGAUACGCUCUAUUCGAUGUUCCGUGUAAACUCGAAACCGAUAGCUUGCCCAUUCAGCGGGGCGUCAUUCACAUUCACGUACAAUCGGGGUUACGGCGAGUGUGCUAUGCCUAUAAGUCUCGUGGAGAAAUGUACUGACGAGAGCAAGCUCCUCCUCAAGUACCAGGCCUGUCCGGAUGUCGCGGGAACCGAGAGCAACACCGAGGAAUUACAAUGCCUUGCCAGUUGGAACGAUGGUCGAAAUAAAUAUCUCGUGGGAACUUUGAAAGAAAGGAGCGCACUGAAUGACGCAAAAACCUACAGGUGUUUCCUGUACGAAGAAAAGUCUCAUCAUCAGGGAAAAAUGAUUUAUUUACUUGCACAGUCCGGCGACCCGACUUGCAACGGUCUAACCACAGUUUCCGAAGGUUCACCUACCAUAAAACUUAUUAAAGUUGACAAAGAGCACAAUAGAUGCAAAUAUCCUGCUUGGGUAACUCAACAUCAUGACUGGCACUCUCUCAAUGGUACAAAAAGCUAUCAUUUUACAAACAAGAACGCGACGCUGAGAGUAAAAAUGCAAGCACAGAAUACUGAUGGCGAAAUCGUCCAUGAGGAAAAAAUCGUUUGUCACAAUUUGGAGAAGCUAUAUCCGAAUGACAACAUGCAAGGGAAUAAAGUGAAACUGGUUGCUCAUGUCACCAGCGGCUGCGAUAUUGGUUACGUUUGCAUGAUAUUUCACAAAAGAGACAGUCAUAUCAUUGAGAUACAGCAGUCAGAUCAAAAAGCAAUUAUGCCAGAGGAAGCGUGCUCAAUAUCGGAUCCCUCCACGAGGCCGUAUACAACCUUAAUAACCACAUUCUUGCAUCAGAGAAGAUGUCCUAAUUCAGGACAGUAUGAGAUUCUGAAUUUUGCUUCAUCGGAUGCAUUGUCAGCUGCACCGACUCGGCAGCGGCGUAGCGAGCUGUCGAGGACGACCAAGAGGCGAACUUGGCAGGAAAACGAAAACGAGGAAUGCAGAAGUACGGAUAUUCAAAUUGGCUGCACCCUGUCCGAUCAAGCCGAAAUAAUAAUCGGCAGCACGUGCGAACAUGAAAAGAUUGCCUAUUCUUGUCACGGCAGCUGGGAAGAGAAAGGAAUGUGGUAUACGAUAGCGUCACAACGGAAUUCGGAAAUUUCAGGCAGUACAGGACAAACGUUUUGUUUUUCUAUGCUUCUCAAAAAUGCCAAAGACAAAGGCAGUAGACAGAAGCAAGAAAAAGAAUUAUGGCUUUCAAGGCCAUCGCGUACUUGUCAAAGAGAAGUUAAUGAUGAAUGGACCUAUAGACUGUCCAAUCAAGGAGUGUGCGAAGUCUUAAUGAAGACUCCAAACGCAGCGUCUGCUUCGUCGUUGUCCCAGCUUUUGUUUAUUUUACAUAUAGCAGCUUACACCGCUAUUAAUACGCUAUGCGUAUUACUUUCGAGAUGAUCUGCAGCUAUUAUGUAAGACUGUCUAAGUACUAUAAUUUCCAGCACGAAUUCUCAGGUAUUGCGUGUUUCUGGAAGUGUAUAUAGCUCAAAAAAUUUGUAAGCUAUUGACCGAUCGAUGAGCUGUCGUAAAUAGUGGAAAAUGUGCAGCUAAAUAGCUAUUACCGACAAUAUUAAUUUCCGUUUCGUUGGAACAGACUAAUUACUUAAACCGGUGAUUAAGAGUGUUCCCAAUUGGGAAUGAAACGAUUUAAACAUAAAUUAUUUUUUAUACAUACAAUACUUAGUUAGAAAAGUGUUCCUUAGCUUGAAAGAAAAUAAUUGCUUGGCACAAGUUUCCUUUCAGUUGCCAUCAUGUUGUUGUCAUCAAGUCAAUAGUAAUUUCGUUUAGGUCCAACCUUAUGUGGACAAUGGUUUGCCUGCACAGUAGUUGAAAUACUGUCACAUACUUAUUGUCAUAAAAGUUGCCACAAUCUAUUUGAAACCGUUUUCGUAAAAUAUUUAAUCUACAUUUCCAUCAAUUGAAUGGACGAAUAGUUUGAAAAAUAGUUUGAUUCUCUGUGCCAUCUGGAUUUCCAAUAAUCUAUUAUGCGAUCGGUUUGUAAGAGGUCAACUGUUGCCUGAAUGUUGCCAUGAAUUUGCUCAUAACCGUUGGUAGCGAUAAAAAAUCGGUAAUCCAAUAAGGCAAAAUUAAGGAAAUCACUUUCCUUAAUAUUGAAAGCAACUUAAAACAGUUUCAAGCAAAUUGAUAUUUGACAACAACCUGUGGGAAACUUGCUAUCUGGAUUAUUGUAAUUUACUGACUAGUAUUCUAAAUGAGUGACCAAACUCUAGAUUACUAGUGUUUUCGAUAUAACGUUUGUUAGCUAUAUACUGCCUGAAUUGUUGAUUAAUUACAAUAGUUCUCAAUGGAUAAUCAUAUGGAUAAUUUUUGAUUGUUCAUAUGUUUUUCGCUUAAUUUUUUAUGAAAGAGAACCGAGAUGAUAUAUUCAGGACUAGGCAA